GCCAGAUCUGACACCUCAAGCUUUGGCUCGCUUCGCUUCCUUUUCCGGCCUCCCAGAUCCCGAUCUCUCCCUCCCCAUGCCUCCUCCUCCUCCUCCUCCUCGCCUCCCCUAACCCCCGCCGCCGCCGCGCGCCAUGGCCUCGCGGCCUCCGCUCCGCACCACCUCCGCCUCCUCCUCCACCCUCUCCACCGACUCCCCCACCUCCGCUCCCCCCGGCGGCGUCCCGCAGUCCAUCACCGCGCUCCUCAACAACCCUCUCCCCUCCGCCUCCUCCUCCUCCUACUACUGGCUCACCUGGCCCCCUCCCACCCCGCUCCCCGACGCGCCCCCGCCGCCGCCGCCCCACCCCUGCGACGUCUCCCGCGCCGACUUCGCCCCCUACCUCGCCGCCGUCGCCGACCCCUUCGGCCGCUUCGCUGAUAUCCGGCUCCACGCCUCCGCGGAGGAGCUCGCGGAGUCCCAGGACGGCGCCGCCGCCGGCCCCGCGGCCUCCGGCCUCGCCGCCUGCCUCCGCGAGGUCCCCGCGCUCUUCUUCAAGGAGGACUUCGCGCUCGAGGACGGGGCCACGUUCAAGGCCGCCUGCCCGCUCGGCGACGCCGCGCUGCAGGAGCGCCUCGGCCAGCACCUCGACGUCGUCGAGGCGCACCUCGUGCGGGAGAUCGCGCGCCGCUCCGAGUCCUUCUACGAGGCGCAGGGCCGGCUGCGGGGGCUGGACGGGGAGAUCGUCGCCGCGGUCGGGAGGAUCCGGGAGCUCAGGGAGGUGGUCCGGGUGCUCACCGGCGAUCUCGUGGGUGCCGCGCGCCAGGUGCAGGAGCUCAAUGCGACGCGGGGUAACCUCGUCGCGCUGCAGCAGAAGCUCACCGUCAUCCUCUACGUCAGCCAGGCGCUCGCUGCUCUAAAGCUGCUUGUGGCAGCUGCGGAUUGUGCUGGUGCCCUUGACGUAAUUGAUGACCUGCAAAACUUGCUAGAUACUGAUGAACUCACUGGGCUUUAUUGCUUUCGAAAUAUUCGUGAUCAGUUGGGGACAUCACUAGAUUCUGUCAACAGCAUUCUUUCAGCAGAAUUUGUGCGGGCUGCUGUUCCUGAUGGAAAAGCUGUAGACGCAUUGAUUCAAGCAAAUGUGAAAAGAAAGGCUUCUGUCCCCCUUAAUGGGACGGAGCAUGAAGUAAACAUAGAUGAGGAAGAAAGCUUCAUUCUCAGAGAUCGGCUUCUCCCCCUCAUUAUUUGCCUACUGAGAACGGACAAACUUCCAGCGGUGCUAAGAAUUUACCGUGACACACUAAUUACUGUUAUGAAAGCUUCAAUUAAAGCCACAGUAGCUGAGCUGCUCCCAAUUUUAGUUGCCAGGACAAUAGAUUCUGAUUCAGUAACUGGAGACAGAGCUGCUGAUUCUGAUGCUGGAGGCCAGUCUUUAGCAAAUAAGUUGCGGAGUCUAUCGUCUGAAGGGUUUGUUCAGCUUUUAUCGGCUAUAUUUAGGAUAGUACAGGUACAUCUAGUGCAAGCAGCUGAAGUUAAAAGAAUAGUUGAAUGGAUCAUGGGAAACCUCGAGGGGAGCUUAAGUUCUGAUGCUUCAAAUUCUGUACAAAAGCACAGUGGCUCGGUUUCUGAUUUUUCCCAAGAAAAUGACCACGGUGUCACUUCACGGGUGUCUAAUACUCUUACCAGGAGUAAUUCUAAGUUUCCCUUCUUUCAAGGAAAAACGAAUGACAUGUCCAGUACAAAUUCAAUAAAGAAUGUCCGAGCUGAUGUCUUGAGAGAAAACACAGAAGCUGUUUUUGCUGCAUGUGAUGCUGCCCAUGGACGAUGGGCUAAACUUCUUGGUGUUCGUGCUGCCCUUCACCCCAAAUUAAGACUUCAGGAGUUCUUGAUCAUCUAUAAUGUAACAGAAGAAUUUGUAGCUGCCACUGAAAAGAUUGGAGGCAGGUUGGGUUACAACAUCCGUGGAAUUGUACAACAACAAUCAAAGCAAUUUGUUGACUAUCAGCAUACUGUCCGGAUGGCAAAAAUCAAGGCAGUUCUUGACCAAGAGACAUGGGUUGCUAUUGAUGUUCCAGAAGAGUUCCAAGCAAUUGUUCUAUCACUAUCAUCCACUUAUUCCGUUGCUAAUGGCAUGGAGAUGCCUAGCACUGAUGACAGCUCAAAGCUCCAUGAAAAUCGGGUUACAAGUCAAGAACCAGUAAAUUCAGCUGAAAAUAAUACUGAUAAUGGCAACGCAGUAUCUACUUCUCCUUCGACUGAAAACAAUGUUGGGCAUGCUAGAUCAACACAGCAAACCAUUGUGCAUGGGGGUGUAGGCUAUCAUAUGGUAAACUGUGGUUUGAUAUUGUUGAAGAUGUUAUCGGAAUAUGUUGACAUCAGUAAAUGCUUGCCAUCAUUAUCUUUUGAGGUGGUCCAACGUGUUGUUGAAAUAUUGAAGCUCUUCAACACUAGGACGUGCCAACUGGUUCUUGGUGCAGGUGCCAUGCAGGUGUCUGGUCUGAAAUCAAUUACGUCUAAGCAUUUAGCUUUGGCAAGUCAGAUAAUCAGCUUUAUAUAUUCUUUAAUUCCAGAUAUCCGGCGUGUACUUUUCCUGAAAAUACCCGAGGCACGCAAACAACUGUUAAUGUCUGAACUGGAUAGAGUGACUCAGGAUUACAAGAUUCAUCGAGAUGAAAUUCACACCAAGCUAGUCCAGAUAAUGAGAGAGAGAUUACUAGCAAAUCUGAGAAAAUUACCGCAAAUUGUGGAAAGUUGGAAUGGGCCUGAAGAUACUGAUUUGCAGCCAAGUCAAUUUGCCAAGUCUGUUACGAAGGAAGUUAGUUACUUGCAUCGCAUCCUUUCUCAAACAUUGCUUGAGGCAGAUGUGCAAUUGAUAUUCAGGCAAGUAGUUCAAAUAUUCCAUUCACAUAUCACAGAAGCAUUUUCGAAGUUAGAACUCAGUACACCUCAGGCAAAGAACAGAUUGUGCCGUGAUGUCCAACAUAUUCUUGUAUGCAUUCGGAAGUUGCCUGCUGAGAACUUCAGUGCAGAAGCUAUUCCGAAUUAUGGUCUUCUUGAUGAUUUCUUGGCUGAAAAGUUUGGGACAAAAGUUGAUGAAUGACUGACCUGUACAUUAGGAACUGACUGUGUCUGCAAAUGUUCAGUACUCAUAUGGUACAUGGGAAGUACUCCAAGACAUCGCCGUUAUUGGCGUGAAAUCCUGUGCAGGCAUUGCUCCCCAGGAUACAAGUACAUAGCACUUAAAUGACAGCGGAGUACAAUGUCAAUACUCCCAGUAAUGCCGUGUGAAAAUCAUAGCAAUGUUUUUGCCCUUUUCUGAGCUGAAAUUGUUGCCCCAUACUUUAACCAUGCCAGGCUGCAUUUCAAUUUUUUAAUUGUUCCAUCCCUUUUUGGGGACCCGAUAUUUGUUACUAGAAGUUCGUAUAGAGGGAACUGAGUUUUGGCAUCACGAUCUAUUCAUUGCAGCAUGCUUCUUGCUGUGUAGGUCUGGUGUAUUCAAUAUCCUGUCGUGAUGGCAGCCCAUGUAUUUUGUUCAUGUAAGGUUUUGUAAUUAGUCUGAUGAAUGAGAUAAUAAGGUAUUUUUAAAUGUUAGAAUAGGAAAAGAUUCCAGCCAUGCAUGGAUAUAUAACAGGAAAUUGAAGAUUACUACAUAUGUCCCUUUCUAAUGUGAUCUAUGUAUGUAUGCAUGUUCUUUUGUGA